AUGUCUGGAAAGUUUGAGCCCAAGACCCCGGUCGAACUGGCCCCUCCCAAGGACGAUCCCAUCACUCUCGAGGAGCUGGCUAAGGCUGAUGGUUCCGACCCCAACGGAAAGACGUACGUCGCGAUUAAGGGUGUUGUCUACGACGUCACUGGUAACAAGGCAUACCAAGCCGGCGGAUCCUACAAUGUGUUCGCUGGAAAGGACGCCUCUCGUGCUCUGGGAAAGACCUCAACAAAGGCCGAGGAUGUUAGCGCCGACUGGUCAGACCUUUCAGACAAGGAGAAGGGCGUUCUGAACGACUGGAUCACUUUCUUCUCCAAGCGUUACAAUGUCGUCGGCCGUGUUGCUGGGGCUACCAACACGGAAUGA